AUGCCAAGCACUUUCUUCACUGCUCUUGCUGCAACUGUAGAAUGGUCGCCCACAACACUGGGCACACGACAUUUUUUGCUCAUCCAGGUUGCCGCCAACGAGCUAGACCACAGCCCCAGCAGCGAGGAGAGUCUCAUGGACGGAAUUCUGGAAGAUGUGGGCCUUGUUUUUCAAGGGGAAGGUAUCAUCCACGAGGAUCCGGAGAAAGAACUGGAUGACUCCUGGUUGGAAGAGGAGCUGCUCAGCUUCUGUGUGGAGCCCAUUGAUGAGCAGCAAGCGCUGAUGAGUCUCCUCGAAGAAGUUUCACCUCAAUCCACCGGUGAAGCCGGUGCAGGUCGCCACUCUGACCUUUCAGUCGAGGUCUUUUGA